CGUGGUAUUAGGUGAUAAGAUUACAUUCUCGUUGCCGCUUAUGAUAAGUUAUUCUGUCGUCUACAGCUGAAACAAAAGUGCUGGUACUGAAUCUAUAGUCUAAGAGUUUUUUAUCGGGCAAGUUGUGUGAUCCUCAUUCUCCAGCAAGUUUACCACCGUUCGCAAGAUGAGCAAACUAUUGAAUGAAAUCUGUGAAAUGCUGGACGGAUAUACCGGCAGGGAUAAGAUUAUUCGUACUUUAUGCUACACCACCAAGCUAGCUUCCGGCUUAUACGCCAAAUCGGAUCCGUUAUUGGCGAAAAAGCUGGCAGUAUUCAGUUCGAAGAUGUCGCAAACGCGGGCUACGCUGCGCCUGUUCGACGAUUUGCCAAUGCUGGCGUAUAGCUUGAGCUACGGUUAUGGUGGCAAGGAGCCGGACCGCUGGAUGGGUCUUAUUGGGUUCAUCACAAACCUGAUCGACCAUGCAUAUUAUCCCGUGGAUAAAAUCUGCUGGCUAAUUGAACAUAACCUGAUGGACGUGCAGAAUCCAACUCGAUGGGACACGAUCAAUUCAAUGCUAUGGGUGGCAUCGAUUUAUCUCAACCUGAUGAAAACCAUUAGGAGUUUCACUGUGAUGGAGCAGCAUAAGUCAUGCAUAGAUAAAAGGGAAAACAAAACCAGCCAGGCAUUCCACAUGUUACUUGUCAAACAACGCAUGGAAGCAAUAUCUAUAUUAAGAUUGUCAUUGGAUCUGAUCCACGCCGGCAGCACCUUACCCAAAGGCAUGCUUUGGGGUGGACGCUUCGAAACGUGGCACGUUGGAUUGAUCGGUAGCAUUUCUUCUUUGCUGGGGCUCUAUCAAUACGUAGCAAAAAAACGUAUUGUCAAGCAAAAUUGCUAGUGCAAAGGUAAUCCUACACAUAGCAUAUUGGCAACCAGUUUAUAUCAGAUCAGGAAAGGAGAGAGUUUUUGAACACUGCUCUGCACAAAUAAUUGUACAAUAAAUAGUAAUAUAAAAAUUGCCACCGUCCCACACAAUUGGACGCUAGAAGAAGCAAGGAAAAGAGCAGUGUUGUAAAUGCUGUUCUGUACAAAUCAUUGUACAUUAUAUAAUAAUAGGAAAAUUUUGCAAUUUGGACUAGUUGUACUAUACGUCUUGAUUUGAUUAGUUAGGAGGCUUUACAGAAAAAAGAACGAUCUUUAAGCUUAUUACCUCUUGUACUGUUUUGUAUAGGUAAACAUAUAUGCCGA